ACGCGACGUCGCGGUUCAUGUGUUAUUUCAGUAUCCACAUAUUUCGUGGGAAUUUUCACUCUAUGUAGAGUGAUGGCCCAGCACAACUUCACGAAACGUUCAACGAUCAUUCAAACCGAGCUUCCCUUCACGGUAAUCCAUCUCGAACAUACGCCCGCAAUCCAAGACAACCCAAUGUUCCAAGCAAUCGAACUUGGAAGCACUGUUUUCGUUGUUGAUGAAGACGCUGCCAUUAGUUUUCUCGACAAGUUCAUUCCGUUUCAUGACUAUGCAAUGUUCAGAAAUCCUGGAAAAUACCUGAUCAUUACGAUUUAUUCUGUUGGCGCUGAAGCUAAUGAUCUACUGGAGAAAAUACGAUUGCAUCCAACAAUUCUUGAGAUUGCGAAUUUGCUCAUCGUCGUUCCGAAUGGCAAAGUGUUUGAAUUGAUUACCCAUCGUUGGGUAGGGGAUCCCCCGGGGGCGUUGGAGUUGCUACAUUUGGAUACUUAUCAACCGGACAGUGGCACAUUCGUUGAUGGCAAUGACCUGUUCCCGGACAAGAUGAACAAUCUGAUGGGUAAGACAAUCCGGCUUGCGGCAUUCUAUCUGCUUCCUUGGAUCAUGAUGCGUCAAAAAGAUGAUGGAGUCGUACGGUAUCUGAAUCAAUCGUACACUAUAGAUGGUAUCGACGGGUACAUGCUGGUACAGUUUUGUAUACGAUUCAACUGCACUUGGGAUUUAUCAGUUGAUCAAUACUGGCAGUAUGGACAAGUGUUUGAGAAUCGUACCGGAAAUGGAAUGACCGGGGCCUUGGUCGCACGAAAGGUAGAUUUUGCUCUAGCAGCAAUGGGUAGUUGGUUUCAACUAUUCAAAUACUUCAGCUUCUCGAUUUCCAUUCAGUGGAUCGGGAUCACCACUCUGACUCCAAAACCCAAAUUGAUUCCGGCCUGGAAGAUCAUAUUCCUGAUGUUCUCCGGACCAGUGUGGACUUUGGUAAUAGUGACAUACAUAUUUUAUUCUACCUUUUUAUAUCUGCUACCAACUUCAAUUGGCCGCAACUCAGCCCGUAAUAAGAAGGGUAUCACAUGGAACUUGUUGAAUGUAUUUGCCGGUUUUCUGUUGCUACCAUCUGUUUCCCGACGUAGCCGAGCUUCGGAAGUUAUCGUUUCCAUAACUCUGCACAUAUUUACGCUCAUUGUCGGAUAUGUAUACAUAGGCCAAACCCACAGCAUUCGAGCAUUCCCGGUGUUCCAACCUCCGGUGGACACUGUUAAGGACUUGGCAUUAAGCAAUCUAAGAUGGAAUGCCCCACACGAAGUGUGGACCUACAUGAUUAGCCAAUCUCAAGAUCCAUACAUGAAAAUGAUUCUGUCGGCAUUUCACGUGGCCCCUAUACCAGCCCUGAAGACUUUAGCUGACGAAGGCAACGAACCACUCUGUAUGGCCGCGCUUCACAACGGAAAUUUCAUGGUAGGACCCUGGUUCACGGCUGAUAAUAUUGAAAACUACCGAAUGAUGUCCGAGUACCUGUACUUUGAGUAUGACACGGCAUAUGCCACCAAAACUUGGCCAUUGCUGCCGAACUUUGAUGAUCUCACCGGUUGGAUGCGCGAUGUUUGUCUGUUCCAGUACGUGGAGUUGGUGGACGUUUUCCGCUAUAUGGACUACAGGGUGCAAACUUCCAUCAAACAUUCCAGAGAUCGCCAAAAGAGUGAGCUUAAACCGUUUAAGGUUGGAGAUAUCGAGAGCGGUUUGAUUAUUAUUGGAGUGGGUUACUUCAUGGCCUUUGUUUCGUUUAUCUUUGAGUUUGUCUUUAAAUAUUUUGAAAGAAAACGUCUAGUCAAAAGACUAGCCACAAAAUGGAAAGCCCCGAUACAAACCGCUUUGCCAAUGACUGUCGUAAACUUUGAUGAUAAAAGUACCAACAGCACUUUGAUUGAUGCCAUCAACUUGGGAAGUACUGUGUUUUUAACCGAUGAAGGAUCUGUACUCAAUUUUCUUGAUUUGUUCAUUCCGGCUCACGAUGAAUGUAUGUUUCGAAACCCGGUGAAAUACCUGAUCGUUUCCAUCGGAUGCACUGGGUCUGUCCAAAAGCAGCUGCUCGACGAUAUCCAAAACCAUCCCGCAAUUCUAGAAAUAGCGAAUCUUCUACUUGUCGUCACUGUCGACGAUUCCUUCGAACUGAUAACGCACCGUUGGGUCGGUAAUCCACCGGAAUGUUUGGAUUUCCUACUGCUGGAUAAAUACUUUCCAGAAAAUGAUUCAUUUCUUAACGAAGCAUACCUCUUUCCGAACAAAUUUGAUGACUUGAUGGGUAAAACAAUGAAGGUGGCAACGUUCUACUUGCUUCCGUGGGCAAUGAUGCGCAAGACGGACGACGGCAUCGUGCAAUAUUUGAACCAAACGUACACGAUCGACGGGUUGGACGGACACAUUUUGGUUCAGUUCUGUCAGUGGUAUAACUGCACAUGGGAUCUCUCGGUGGACCAGUACUGGCAGUACGGACAGGUAUUUGAGAAUCACACCGGAAAUGGAAUGAUUGGAGCUUUGGUUGAGCGCAAAGUGGACUUUGCAAUCGGCGCUGUUGGUGGCUGGUUUCAACUGUUUAAAUAUUUUAGUUUUUCAACACCAAUUCAAUGGAUUGGAGUUACCAGCUUAGCUCCAAAACCCGAGCUGAUUCCUUCUUGGACCAUUAUCUUUCUCAUGUUCUCCAAACCCGUCUGGUUCGUUCUGAUCGCUACCUUCAUCCUUUGUUCGUUACUGUUGUACGUCAUACCAAAAGUUAUGAACCCAAACGACCCAACAACUCAAUCCAAAGAUCUAUCGCGGUGCUUCUUAAGCGUCCUUGCAUCAUUACUAUUGUUACCAGCACCAUUGCGAAGAAAUCGACCAUCCGAUGUCAUCUUUGUAGUCGCUUUGCUCAGCUUCUGCCUUCUUGUUGCAUCGAUCUACAUAAGCAAGAUUCAUAGCAUUCUGGCGUUUCCCAUCUUCCAGCCGCCUAUCGAUACCAUCUACGAUCUAGCCGUCAGUGAAAUCCCAUGGAACGCACCUCACGAGGCUUGGAUGUAUGCCCUGGUGGGCACCGAAAAUCCCUACGUCAAGAAAAUCCUGACCACCUUUCGCGUGGCACCGAUUCCCGACCUGCACACCAAAGCCAACGAAGGCUCCGAGGCGCUAGUCAUGGCCGAACUCAACUACGGUCACUACAUGGUCGGGACCUGGGUCACCGCUCAGAACGUAGAAAACUACCGACUUAUGACUGAGUUUAUAUACUUUGAGUACGACACCGGAUACGCCACAAAAACGUGGCCGAUGCUGGAUCGGUUCGACUAUUUGACCAUGUGGAUCCGGGAUGCCUGUCUGUACCAGUACGUUGAGCUGAACGAAGUGUACAACUACAUGGACUACUGGGUGGAAACUUCUAUUGCGCACUCCCGGGAUCAUCCGCCGAACGAGCUGAAGCCAUUCGUGGUGGAGGACAUCACGGGGGGACUCAUAAUUCUGGGCAUAGGUUACCUUAUUGCAGUUGUAGUUUUUGUUUUGGAAAUAAUUACGUUUUGGAAGACAACGAAUGAGGACGUGAAGUUUCACCAUAACAUGUCAGGGUGA